AUGAAAGCCGGGAAUCUACCGGCAUUGGAGGUACUUUCUUCCCCUUCAUACAGUGCCUGCUUUCUCAAGCAACAGAACAGCAUCUACAAAAAACAGAAGACCGAUUUUCUGAAACUUCAAUUCUCUCUCCAAACAUGAGAAACCAAUCUCUUACCUCUUCAAUCCUUCCUACCCUUCUUCUCUCUCUUCUCAUCUCUUCUCUAUCUUCUUCUCUAUCUUCAACACCAAAAAGCUCUUUGGACAGAGGAUCUUCCCUCUCAGUAGAGGAUGAAUCAGACAUCCUAAUCUCCUCAGACAACUCAUUCACAUGUGGGUUUUACAAGGUGGGCACAAACGCCUACUGUUUCUCAAUUUGGUUUUCAAAUGCAGCUGAAAAAACUGUCGUUUGGAUGGCGAACCGAGAUCGCCCCGUCAACGGGCAGGGCUCGAGAAUUUCACUCAACCGUGGCGGCAACAUGGUGCUAACCGACGUUGAUGGCUCGACUGUCUGGAACACCAACACCAGCUCUACCGCCGUCGCUAAAGCUGAGCUUUUGAACAGUGGAAAUCUUGUUCUAAAAGACCCAAAUGGUAAUAUCUUGUGGCAGAGCUUUGAUUAUCCAACUGAUACUCUUCUCCCUUCACAGCCCAUUACCAAAGUCAAGAGAAUUAUAUCUACAAGAGGGAGAGGAAUUUUCUCUUCAGGCUUUUUCAGUUUAUUUUUCGAUAACGAUAAUGUUCUGAGAUUGAUGUAUGAUGGGCCUGAGAUUUCCAGUGUGUAUUGGCCGAAUCCUGACAAUGGCGUGUUUGGCAAUGAUAGAACAAACUACAAUAGUAGCAGAUAUGCCGUUCUUGAUGCAAUGGGUAGGUUCACAUCGAGCGAUAAAUUGAAAUUCAAUGCUUCCGAUAUGGGUCUUGGGAUUAGAAGGAGACUAACACUGGAUUACGAUGGAAAUCUCAGACUAUAUAGUUUGAAUGGGUCGAUUGGGUCAUGGGGGAUUUCAUGGGUGGCUCUUUCACAGCAGUGUAAUGUGCAUGGGCUGUGUGGUAGAAAUGGGAUUUGCAUUUAUACGCCAGCACCGACAUGUUCAUGUCCACCAGGCUAUGAAAUGAAAGACCCAAGUGAUUGGAACCAAGGUUGCAGACCAAAAUUCAACCGAAUCUGCGACCCCCAGCAUGUACUAUUUGUAAAGCUUCCACAGAUAGAUUUCUAUGGGUAUGAUUUCGACUACAAAGAGAACAUAUCGAUAGAAGCUUGCCGGCAGAUCUGCUUAAAUGAUUGCUCUUGUGAUGCUUUCGGGUACAGGUUAACGGGCACUGGGGUCUGCUACCCCAAAAGCGCACUUUUCAAUGGGUAUAGGUCACCAGCCUUCCCAGGCAGCAUGUAUUUAAAACUACCUAAGAACUUAACCUUGGAAUCCUCUGAGACCAAAGAAUCUGAGCUGGUUUGUGAAUAUAGCAGAGCAGAAGUGAAGUUGGGUUCUUCGGAUAUGUAUAAUCGCAGCCGAGACAUGAAAUAUGUUUAUUUCUAUUGGUUUGUUUCGGCCAUUGGUGCAAUCGAGAUUUUCUUUAUUGCAUCAGGGUGGUGGUAUCUUUUCAGGAAGCAUGGAACACCGACUUCGGUAGAGGAUGGGUACCAAAUGAUAUAUAAUCAGUUCAGAAGGUUUACGUACAGAGAGCUGAAGAAGGCGACGAAGAAGUUCAAGGAAGAGCUAGGUAGGGGAGCUUCUGGAUCAGUUUAUAAGGGAGUUUUGGAUGAUGAGAGAGUGGUGGCAGUGAAGAAAUUGGGAGAUGUGAUUCAAGGAGGAGAGGAGUUUUGGGCAGAAAUGAACACAAUAGGGAGAAUUUACCACAUGAAUCUAGUGAGAAUGUGGGGAUAUUGUUCGGAGGGAGUGCACCGGCUCUUGGUCUAUGAAUUUGUCGAGAAUGGAUCAUUGGACAAGCACCUCUUCUCUAAUGACAAUAGCAUUGGUCCUGCUAGUGCACUCGGAUGGAAGGAGAGAUUCAAAAUAGCUGUAGGGACCGCCAAAGGUCUGGCCUAUCUUCACCACGAGUGUCUCGAAUGGGUAAUCCAUUGUGAUGUGAAGCCUGAAAACAUACUUUUGGACUCGGUUUUCGAACCCAAGAUUGCAGAUUUCGGACUGGCGAAGCUGUCUGAGAGAGGCGGGUCCAGUUCUAAUUUCUCUCGGAUCCGCGGAACGAUGGGGUACAUGGCUCCAGAGUGGGCUUUGAAUCUACCCAUCACUGCAAAGGUUGAUGUUUAUAGCUACGGUGUUGUGCUUCUUGAGAUUGUGAAGGGGAUUCGGCUUUCGAAUUGGGUAGUGGAUGGGGAAGAAGAGGAGGUGGAAUUAAAGAGGUUCGUUAGGGUUGCGAAGGAGAAGAUCGAGAGAGGAAAAGAAUCGUGGGUUGGAGAUUUGGUGGAUUCCCGAUUGAACGGGCAGUUCGAUUGGAAGCAGGCGGCGACGAUGGUGGAGCUGGGGAUCUCUUGCGUGGAGGAAGAAAGAAACAGAAGACCAACCAUGGACAUUAUUGUCCAAACACUCCUAAAUUAUGAAGAAGAACCAAAAAGUCCGUUCCUACAAAGUCUACAAUACAGUAGGCAGAAAACCGGUCCACUUGUAGCCAACUUGACGACAAGACUACACUGAUUCAGGGGCCAGGCCACAUAGUCAAUUAGUGCGGCCAGGUUUUAGAACCAUGUACAGAACAAGUGCCGCCCACCAACCUCCUUCCAACCUAAAAUCACAAUCUUCCUGAUGGAAACUUGUGAGUUUCACUGCAUGUACCAAGAAAAAUAAAUAAAUAAAUAAAUAAAAAUCAUAUCCAAAAGCAUGUGCUCGGCUUCCAUACACAGACACAUGUAUGAGACAAGAUCGCAUCAGAU